AUGUCGUUCGGCACGCUUUACACCCACAAGCCCAAUCCUCGAACAACCGCCAUCCUAGCCAUCGCGAAAGCGCAUGGCCUCAAAUUGGAUAUCGUCUAUGCAGAGAGAGAAAACAAGGAGAACUAUGAGAAGCUUCUCCAGAUCAACCCUUUGGGCCAAGUGCCUGUUUUUGUAGGCGCGGAUGGCCAUGUUAUGACCGAAUGCAUUGCCAUCGCUCUGUACAUUACAUCACAGAGCGACACGACGACCCUCCUUGGCUCCAGCCGCCGAGACUAUUAUGAAAUCCUCAGAUGGAUGUCCUUGGCGAAUUCGGAUCUGCUGCCCGCCAUCGGAGGCGUCGUCCUCCCUCUCAUCGGCAAACACUUGGCUGUGCGGAAGAACACCGAAGACUGUUUGCGUGCCUUCUACACAGACUGCAAGCUCCUCGAGAACCACUUGCAGAAGAACAAGUAUCUGGUUGGGGACCAGCUGACGCUUGCCGACUUUUUCACAGUGGGCACCAUUGUGUUUGCAUUUGUGGUAUUCCAUAAAGUGUUGCAUGCAGAGUAUCCGCGGCUGACGGAGUGGUUCAACGAGAUUUAUGAGAUGCCCAUGUUCAAGGACGUUGCGGGGGAUUUACACUUGGCCAAUAUACCAUAUCCCACAUUGCCAGAAGAUAAAUAG